AUGUUGAGGACGACGGUGAACGUGAACGGGGGGUUGGGGUUUGACGAGCGUUGUUCGCGGAGGGUGGUUGUCCAAAAGUGUCUCGUGACCAGUGGAAACAAGAUACAAAAGGAACAAAACGAGGGUGGUGUUGGAAGUGAGAUUGACGAGGAGAUUUCGAGGCUGGCCGUGUGGAAUGGUUCUGCCGGCGUUAAGACGCUGAUACGGUGGCGCGAGACGGCGGUGGUGUGGUGA